GACAAGGUAACGACAAUAACAGGACGGAGGGAGAGGACUCGGACGCAGUCGCCGGUCAGCUGAGGACGGGAGGAGAAACAGCGUCAUUAUUUUUGUCUGAAAUCUUUCUUGCUAAUUUCUCUCAUCUGUCUCAGCGAGAUGGCUGCCGUAACUAGAGGUAUCUUCAUAGUGGGAGCCAAGCGUACACCAUUUGGCACCUUUGGUGGGAAGCUGAGUAAACAUACACCAACAGAUUUGCAAGAAAUAGCAGCUAAGGCAGCCUUAACUGCUGCUAAUGUUAAACCAGAACUCAUUGACUCUGUUGUUAUUGGUAAUGUCAUCGGGUCUGCACACUCGGAUACCAUAUAUAUCUCGCGUCAUGUUGGCCUACGGUGUGGGGUACCAAUUGCCACUCCUGCUCUUACUGUCAAUAGACUCUGCGGCUCUGGCUUUCAAUCUGUGAUUAAUGGAGCACAUGAUAUCCUGAUGGGAGACAGCAAGAUUGUGUUGACAGGGGGCACUGAUAGCAUGACCUUGGCUCCUUAUGCUGUCCGUAACAUUCGCUUUGGCACUCGACUGGGGACUGACCUUUCCAUGGAGGACACUCUUUGGACGUCUCUGACAGAUGCCCAUUGCAAGACUCCCAUGGGUGUGACGGCUGAAAACCUAGCUGAAAAAUACAACAUUACUCGCCAAGAUGCCGACGAAUUUGCUCUCAAGAGCCAGUUGAAUUGGAAGAAUGGUCAGGAUAAUGGGCACUUUGAUGCAGAAAUGGCACCAAUCUCUUUAAAGACGAAGAAGGGCCCUGAAAACAUGACAUUCGACGAGCACCCAAAGCCCCAGACAACCGCUGAGGGUCUGGCUAAACUGCCAUCUGUGUUCAAAAAGAACGGAACCGUGACUGCAGGCACUGCAUCAGGCAUAUGUGAUGGUGCUGGAGCUGUUAUACUGGCUUCAGAGGAGGCCUGUAAGGAGCACAGUCUGAAGCCCUUGGCACGUGUGGUGGGUUACGCUGUGGCAGGUGUCGAUCCCUCCAUCAUGGGCAUUGGCCCGGCACCAGCUAUAAGAAAGCUUCUCAAAGUGUCCGGGCUGGAGUUGAAGGAUAUUGGUAUGGUUGAGAUCAAUGAGGCAUUUGCACCCCAGACUAUUGCAUGCCAACGAGAGCUUGACUUGGACCCUGCCAUUCUCAAUAUGAAUGGUGGUGCUAUUGCUCUGGGUCACCCACUUGGAGCUUCGGGCUCACGCAUCACUGCUCAUGUGACUCAUGAGAUAAGGCGUCGUGGAGUCAAGUAUGGCAUUGGGUCGGCUUGCAUUGGUGGAGGCCAAGGCAUUGCUUUGCUGUUGGAGAGCCUGUAAACAUCUGAGUAAAUAUACAUGUAAACAUGUAUUUAUUUAGCAUAUAAACAUAUGCCAAAGUCCAGGAUCUGCUUCCAUUUUCUACAACCCAUCAUAAUCUGCAGCUUUUUGUGGAAAAGGACUCACAGGCCCAAACAGUUUGUGAUAAGUAGUAUGAAUAUUCAGAGUACCGGGUGUAUGGUAAAUCUGGUAAUUUAUUUAAUAAUGCACAAUCAAUGCAGUUUUUCUAAAAUUAGUCUGUGUAGACCUGGUGUAGUAGCCUAUCCAGGAUAGACAUUUAUAUAAAUUUGUAUAUUGUAAUAUUUGUAUGAUUUCAAAUAUAUUUACAGUAACACUUGACUCAAAA